AUGAGUAUAUUUCAUUUUGGAGCUGCUGAAUAUUCAACAAAUUUUUUUGUUGCAUCAAUAUUCAUGUUAUUCAGUGGAUUCAGUUGUUUAUCAGCAUUUGCAUCACCUUAUUGGACAAAACGUUAUCAAGAUACGCCGAAAGAUUUUCAAAAUAUUGGCCUUUGGGAAUUAUGCCUAUAUCAAUAUCGUCAUUAUAAAGAUGAUUUACAAAUACCAUAUACAGGUUGUUUUUGGUUUUGGACAAAUGAAAUGUAUCGCUUUCGCGAUUGGAUUAUUCCAACUUGGUUUAAAUGGGUACAAGCAUUUGCUACUUUAGCAUUAAUUUUUACAAUAACAACUGUCUCCAGUUUAGUUGUAGCAGUUUUUUCUUCAUUUCGUUGGCAAUGGAGAUUUCAACUCGUUUGUUGUAUCAUGUCAUUCUCUAUUUUUGUAUUCGAACUGAUUGCUGUAUGUGUCUAUGGUGCUUAUAGUCAAGAUCGUCUUUGGAUGCCACGACCUGAGUUUAAUUUCUUAUCCUACAGCUACUGGUUAGAAUGCGUAGCAUUGUCUUCUGCUUUAUGUGCUUGUUUAUGCUUCGCCGGUGAAAUUAAAUUUCUACGGCAACAUGCUAAAGAUUGCGCAGAUGCAAUUUAUUAUCAGAAGAGUUAUCCUUACUCGUCAUCAAAUGUUUCUCAUCUUCAAUUAACUGAAGCAUACCGUCGUCAUUCUCAAUCUCAUUUAUAA